AUGAAGAAGUUCUUCGACGGCCGACGGGAGACGGUGAGCUCCGGGCCCGCGUCUGGAGCCGCUGCGGUGGGCGGCGCGGGGUCCGGCGCGUUUAUCGGACGCGUUUUCUCCGUUGGACGAUAUCAGGUGACCGCGGAGGAGACUGUGGCGGAGGGUGGUUUUGCUAUCGUUUUUCUGGUGAGGACUCAUCAGGGCGUCCGUUGUGCACUGAAGAGAAUGUAUGUCAACAAUGAACACGACCUUCAAGUAUGCAAGAGGGAAAUUCAGAUUAUGAGGGAUCUUGUGGGUAACAAAAACAUCGUUGGUUUCCUGGACUCCAGCAUCACAGCUGUAGGAUCAGGAGAUGUUUGGGAAGUUCUCAUAUUGAUGGACUUCUGUCGAGGUGGCCAGGUCGUGAACCUGAUGAACCAGCGCUUACAGACAGGAUUCAGUGAGACGGAGGUGCUGCAGAUCUUCUGUGACACAUGUGAAGCUGUCGCUCGACUACAUCAGUGCAAAACUCCCAUCAUCCACCGGGACCUCAAGGUGGAGAACAUCUUGCUGCAUGACAGAGGACACUAUGUGUUGUGUGAUUUUGGCAGUGCCAUUAACCGCUCCCAGAAUCCACAAACAGAAGGUGUGGCGGCCGUAGAAGAAGAAAUCAAGAAGUACACUACGCUUUCAUACCGGGCCCCAGAAAUGGUGAAUCUAUAUGGGGGCAAAGUUAUCACUACUAAAGCAGAUAUAUGGGCUUUGGGCUGCUUGUUGUACAAGUUGUGUUAUUUCACAUUGCCGUUUGGAGAGAGUCAGGUGGCCAUCUGUGACGGCAGCUUCACCAUCCCAGACAACUCUCGCUACUCACACGACAUGCACUGUCUCAUCCGUUACAUGCUGGAGCCAGACCCUGACAUAAGGCCAGAUAUCUACCAGGUGUCAUAUUUCGCCUUUAAACUGGCUCGGAAAGAAUGCCCAGUACAGAAUAUCCACAAUGCACCUCUUCCAGCUAAACUCCCAGAGCCGGUCAGAGCCAGUGAAGCCGUGGCCAAGAAGAGUCAAAACAAAGCCAGGCUCACUGAUCCAAUCCCUGCGACUGAGACAUCCAUAGCGCCACGCCAACGUCCCAAGGCUGGCCAAGCUCAACCAAUCGCAGGCAUCCUGCCCAUCCAACCAGCCCUCACCCCACGCAAGAGAGCCAAUGCACCUGCAGCCAGCCAGCCAAUCAGUAUUAACAUAGCUUCCCAGCCUGUUGCCCAAUCGCAGGUUCCUGUCAGUCAGCAACAAGCCACGCCCACUCCUCUGCAGGCCACUCCCUCUCCACCCCAGACCACACCCCAGCACGCACAGCUUUUUCUGCAGCAGCAAAAUACAGCCUUUACUGCUCAACAACAGCAGCAUCACUCAGCGCAGCCCUCCGUCUUACCUGCACAAACGGUUGCAUCAUCCUCCACCCCUGUUUCUACACAGUCUAAACCUAAGAACAGGGCUCCCCCUCCACCCAUGCUCCACCCUCAAACCAAAGGCCUGACAACAUUAUCAGCGACCACACAGACAAAAACCAAAGCGACUGCCCCAGCUCCGCCCCCAGUGUGUUCACAAAGUAAUAAUGUAGAAGGUGAAAUCACUGCGACCGUGUCUGCCCAGCCUAAAACCAAAGCUAUGGCACCUCCGCCCCCUGCAUCACAUGCCUCCACCCUUCCUCUGCCUAAAACCACCUCAGCACCAUCCGCUGGCUCUGAAGUGGACCCAGAGCAGAGGUCUGUCGGCGGAAGUUGUGGGGUGCAUAAAGUCGGCUCCUUGACUCCACCCUCUUCUCCAAAGACCGCCCCAAAAGGAGGCCACAGACGAAUCCUGAGUGAUGUCACACACAGCACCAUAUUUGGAGUUCCUGUGAGCAAGUCCACUCAACUGCUUCAAGCUGCUGCUGCAGAGGCCAGCGUUAACAAGUCUAAGUCAGCUAGCACCACUCCCUCUGGUUCUCCGUGUUCAUCACAGCAGAGUGUUUAUCAGUCAGGGGAGGCUUCGAGACCCUCGGCUGGAGCCACAGCAUCCUGGAACCCUUUUGGCGAUGACAAUUUCGCUAAACUCACAGCAGAAGAGCUGCUUAACAAGGAUUUUGCCAAGCUGGACGUUCAGACCGAUGAGAGACCCUGUCCUGAAAAUCUGAUUUCUGGGUUGCAGUCUGUGUCUUCCAGUAAAGGCUUUCUCCAAGGAGGAGAGAAGUUGAUCGAGGGUUUGAAGUCUCCAGAGCCCUCUUCCUCCCUGAUCCUCCCUGACCUUCCCUUGAAUGACCCCUUCAGCCCUGAAGACUGUAAUCAUGUUGUGAUGGAUUCUCUGAUCCCUGGUCUGGAUCCUCUCCAGACUGAUCCUGGGUCAGCUGCACUUCCAGCCUCUGAUCCAGCUCAGCUGCUCUCAGUCUUCCAGUCCUCUGAGACUGGGGACCAAAGCUCAGACAACCAGUUUGACCCAAUUCCAGUGCUUCUCUCCAAAAGCUCCAGCCAAGGUGGUCAUUCGCGCAGCAACAGUGGCAGUUCUGAGACCAGUCUGCCCUCGCUGGCACGCUCCCUUCUGCUGGUGGACCAACUCAUCGACUUGUAGAAAAAACAGAGAGAGGGAGUUUAGAAACCUGUUUUAAGUAGUCGCAUAAACCCUGUCCAACCUGUUGAGUGUCCUUGCACAUAUUUUCCUUUGACGUUUCCUUUUCACGUUUUCUGUAUGUUUCUCUUCUGCUGAUCCAUAAACAUGCUCAUCACUCUAUCAUUGAUUUAUGCUUCACACUUCAGGGUUUUAAAACAUGCAUGAAAUGUAUGACUCCGCUUAGUUGAAAAUCAGUGAUCAAUAGAUUUGGAAAAUUCAUAAUCGAUUUAUCUUUCAAAAUAAAACCAUAUUCAAUGACAAGUAAUGCAGGAAGGGAAUUGAUUUCAUUUCAGUUGAAAGGUUUGAGGUUGGUAAGAUAUUUAAAUAUUUUUUAAAGGAAUCUCUGAUGUUCACGAAGGCUGCAGUCAUUUGAUAAAAACAGGGUGAAAACAGCAAUACUGUGGAAUAUUAUUAUGGUAAAGCUGAACUUUUUCCUUCAGAAAUCAUUCUAAUAUGCUGAUCUGCUGCUCAAGAAACUAAUUUAUUGUUAUUCGUAUUGAAAACCAGUUGUGCUGCUUUCAAAAUCAGCAUAAACCUUUUGCACUAGGGUGGAAUUUAAGCUUAUAAAACAUUCAAAAUGUAAUGAUUUUCAACUAGAACUAUAUUUCAUAUGAUUUAUAAUGUCUUAGCAACAUGUCACUGUGCAAGGAUGUAAAUGUUUAAAGUUGCCAUGUUAUCAUACCUUUACCUCCCAUUUGGUUAAUUAUAAAAAUGAGAAAUUCUUUGACAUUUCAAAUUAUACAUGAACUACAGAAGAACUAGUGUGAUGCACAAAAUGCAUCAAUAUUUUUGAGAAAUUUCAUUUGAAUAUAUAAUGUAUAAUAUAUAGAUAUAGAUAUAUAAUUAAAUGUAUAACAGGAUUUACCAGUAUGAAUUAAAUUAAUACUAAUAAUAAUAAUUAUUAUUAAUAUUAUUAUUGUGUGUUUAGGAUAAUUGUAAUGAAUAAAAAGUUAGAACCGCAUUUAUUUAAAAUAUAUAUUUUUUGCAACAUUAUAAAUGUCUUUACUGUCAUUUUUGAUCAAUUGAAUGCAUCCUUGCUCAACAAAAGUAUGAAUUAAUUUAAAAAUAAACAAAUAAAUAAACAAAGUCUUACUGACCCCAAACUCGUGUAUGGUACUGUAGAGCAUGCUAGCAGUGUCUAACAUGUUUGAAGUCAUUGCAAGUGUAUUGUAGGUAACACACCACAGUACCCAAAGAGGUCUAUGCCAUUAAAACAGAAGUGUAAGCAUUCACACACUUAUGCAGAGUAUGUUCAGGUCCUUAAAAGUGGUAAAGUUAAGGUUUACAUUAUUAGAUUUAGUGUGUCCUGCAAAGUAGCCAUGCAGCAUCACAGAUUAGCAUAUAAACUGCUGUAAAUAAACACUUGUUGAGGUGUUUCUCUUUGCGGUUAUUAUAAACAGUCACAUAGCUGUAUUUAUCGCUUGGAUUCAGUCCUCUGUGAUGUCUUUCAUCCCCUCAUUUAUUUUUUUUCUGUCAUUCGGUCUCUUCUCCUUAAUUCAUUCCUUCUUUCACUUGUUCAUUUAAACCCUAUGCUUCUGUUUUUUCUUUGCUUUUUGCUGUCUGACAUUCAUUGUGCCCUGUGCUACCGUUAUAGUGUACAUUUAAUAUUUAUAAUUUUGAUCCAGUUGUGAAUUAUCCCCUGUAACGACACAUUUAGAUGAAAAGGAAACAUAUUGAGGGUAAAUCAGGCUGUGAUUGUACAGGAUAAAUGUACAAACUGAGAAUCUGUAUAAAUGCAUAUUAUUCUCAAGAUAAAUGUAAUAAUGUAAAGAUUAUUUAUCUGUAUGUUAGAGCACAAAGUGUCAGUUGGAAUUUCUUUCUGUCUGUGUGUUUCGUCAUAUGAAGGCUAUUUUGGAUAAACUUGAAUAUACAGAUAGAGACUAUCAGAGUUCUGCGGUUUUGAAAAGAUUCUGUGUUCUAUUACAUUUCAUCUAUCAAGUUCGAAAUGAUAAAUGUGAAUAAAUAUAAGCUGUUCCAAAACCUCAUGGGCUGUGGCGGUAGGCAGCAUUUAAAGGCGUUAUUUAUUUUUAUUCAUUACCUCCUCAAAUAGCCUCUAGCUGUAUUUUGAAUCUAAACCUAAGAGAUGUGUUUGUAAGUUUUCUAAGUUCACUUUGAGUAAAUGUGUUUAGACCGAGCCUAUGACGGACUGCUCCUCCUGAGGUCUGGUCUACAGUGUGACGUUCACCAGAAAUGAGAGAUUCAAAUAAAAUAAUCAAUGAUACAUUCUGGAGUUACUGUCACAAAAUUAGUUGUCACUGAAUUGUGUUUUUCAACAGGCAAUACAGAUACUUUUGGAAAUCAGGAUAUUGCAACAAAGAAUAUAAUUUCUCCUAGUUAUGCCGAAAUAUUACUUUAUUUUUGAGUAAUUGUGAUUCUGAUUUGCAAGUGAAUUGUUCAACUGAAUCAGUUCUUUUGUGUUCAGACUAGUGGUGGGCAUAGAUAAUUUUUUUAAUCUCGAUUAAUCUCACUGUAACUUGGAAUUCAUCCAGAUUAAUCUAGGUUAAAAUGGCUCAUUUGAAUUCUGCCGAAGGCGUUCAGAAUAUGUGUACUACCCAAAUAAAAUAAUGACUAAAAGUAACGUUAAGUCUUUGAGAACGGGUUUAUCAAGCUAGGUGGUGCAUUAAAACAGGAGCUCAUCUCCUGUUUCCAAAAUGCAUCACAAACUGCUUGAGAAAGCUGUAAACUAAUUCCACAUUUCACGAGGUGCAAACAACCUUACGUCUGCUUCACACAUAAUCCGUCUGCAAUCCGAUUCCAGCGUUCACCCGGUUGCGGUCCGUCAGUGCGUUCCUGGACCGUUUACGUACCGAGUAGCGGACUGCAAACGCGUCCAGUGUGAAAGCACAAUGAGUAUGAGUCCGUGUUGCUCCUGCACCACAGACGUAACGCACACAGACUGCAUACGCACUGCAGACGGAUAAUGUGUGAAACAGGCGUGCGUCUUGUCGAGGUUUCCAUUGGGAAGCUUCUUUAAGAAAAAAUUUAAGCAAUCCCGGCAGCAUCUUAGCUGCAUGCAUGUUAGCACGUCACGUUUGAUGUGGUCAUUUCACAGUAGGCAUACACACAGGUUUAAAGACUCCCUAUCGAUUCGGCUAGGUAUUCAUCUGCGCAAAAAUAUCAAGGUGAAAGUCAUCAUAGCUCGUGUAGUAUAGACCCAGCUCCCAACCCAACUUUGAGAAUAGAUUAACGGCGAUAUUUUUUUUUUUAACUCCCGAUACGAGUCUCCUGUUAACGUAGCACGUAAACGCCGAUAACGGCCCACCACUAGUUCAGACUGGUUCAUAACUGGGGUGUGAUUCCCAAAAGCAUUGUUAGCCAACUAUGGUUGCUAGUUACCAACAGUUCAGAGUUUCCCGAAACCAUACUGUAGUUCCAAUGAAUAUUCGCAAACAGCAGUGCCACAGGCCUUGACCUGUGGUUACAUGCAUGAAUCCAACAUCAAAUAAAGAAAAAAAAUAAAGAGAAAGAUUAAUUAUCAAACAGUCCUCAGAUGCCAUGUUCCUGAGAAAGUGGAGUAAACUUCAAACUGUAUGAACAACAUGUUGAUCCUACAGGGGAAAAAAAAGUGUACACCAGUUACAUACUGCAUGUAAACUUGGUUUAAAAAUUAAUGCCUUUCAGUUGUUUUUGUGUAAAUUAACUAUAUAAAGUUUUAUUUUGCAAAAUAUAUUACUGCGCAUGACGUCAAUAUUAACAGUCCAGUAUUGUUGAACCAGCAUGGUUCAAACCACAGAUGUGUGAACAUGUUACUACUGUUUUAGGAAAACUAGCUGAAACUAACUACAUAAUUUCUCCAAUGCUGCAUCGUAUUUGUUUUAUGGGAAACACACCCCUCAAUAGAUGAUUUGCUUUUGUCUGAAUCAAAUGAGAAUCAAUUAUUCAGUAAUCACAAAUGACUUGAAAUGUUAUGGAAAAGUGAUAGAAAUUAAUUGACAAAAUGAAUUUUCUAGAAAGCAGGGCAUAGAUAAUGCUGAUACUAAUACUUAUAAUCCUAAAUAAUGACAAAAUUAAAAAUGUGAUAUUGUAAAUUUCUGAAAUGAACUCAGGAUUUUAUCAAAAAUAAAAAGUUGCCAACAGAAACAGCUUAAUAUUUUUCAGGUUAACAUUUUCUUUUCAUUAGCUAAACAGUUCUAGUAUCAAUCGGUUCAAAUAUCUCAAAAUAUUGGCCUAUAUAUUGGUAUAUCACUAUCUGCAGGUGUCAGACAUGACAUUGACUCUUGACGAAUCUCUGCAAACGCAACAUUUACCAACAAUCAAUUGUAAAACUAUACAAAGCUCAAUAAGAAAAUAUGUCUGUCUGUACUAUAUGUAUGACGUUUGGAUUUUCAUGAUUAGAUGUGUGGAAGCAGUAAUAAAACAGUCAUUUCUUUUGAGAUAUAACUGCUUAUAGAGUAUACCUAAAUGUUGUUUUGUUAAAUGAUUUGAGUUAUUGUUUUGUUCAAAGCUUGUGCAUAUGUUGCAUUGGUAGAACAUUGUUGUGUAAUAUUCAACCCAAUCUCAUGAGAAAAUGUAACCCUUUUACAAGCUGCCGAUUUACUAUGAAUUUUGCAGUGUGAUUCGUUUGAUGCAAACGUGCAAUUUAAAAUGUAGGCGUGAAGAUCUACCUUAAAUCUAAGCAACAGUGGGACGUCAGCAAAUUAUAGAAAAAACAUAGGGUUGAGUAAAAAUUAAUACAAAUUAGGUAACAUUUCACCAAAUCGUAAAACGUGACAUUAUGAAAUGUCAUGAGAUUGAGUUGCCGAUAUUAUUUUAUUGUGAUUGUUUCCCCUCUUCCUCCCUUGCUUGUUUUAAUGUGGCUGACCUAUGCAAUCUGAUUUCAAUUCUCAUGUUACUCUUAGAUAUGCACCUAGCGGUGUGGCUAAGUAGUCUGAUGUCUAUCUUGUUGUAGUGUGUAUUAGAGCGCAUGUCAGGAGAAAAUAAUGACGAUAACAAAAAAGGUCUUAUCUAUACUGGAAUGCUAUUGUGUUAUCCAUUUUUUCCUUCUGUAGCCCUAUCUUUUAUGCGCCAAUGAAAAUGUUAAAAGAAGGAUGUUGAAUAAAAGUGUCGAUGGGAACAGAUA